AGGCGGCGGCGGCCGGGGCUGGGCCGGGCUCGGCGGGGCUCUGCUGCUGCUGCCGCCGCUGCCGCCGGUCCCCGCCGCCGGUCCCUGCCGCCGCUGCCGGUGCCGGCCCCGCCGUGCGCCAUGGGCUGGGUGCCGGCGCAGGGCCGGCUGGUGGCGGGGCUGCUGGUGAACCUGGCCGCCUCCAUCUGCAUCGUGUUCCUGAACAAGUGGCUGUACGUGCGGCUGGGCUUCCCCAACCUCAGCCUCACCCUGGUGCACUUCGCCAUCACCUGGCUCGGCCUCUACCUCUGCCAGGCGCUCGGCGCCUUCGCCCCCAAGAGCCUGCGGCCCGCCCAGGUGCUGCCCCUGGCCCUCAGCUUCUGCGGCUUCGUCGUCUUCACCAACCUCUCCCUGCAGAGCAACACCAUCGGCACCUACCAGCUGGCCAAGGCCAUGACCACGCCGGUCAUCGUGGCCAUCCAGAGCCUGGCCUACGGCAAGACCUUCCCCCUGCGCAUCAAGCUCACGCUGGUGCCCAUCACGCUGGGCGUCUUCCUCAACUCCUACUACGACGUCAAGUUCAGCGCCCUCGGCAUGGUGUUCGCCACGCUGGGCGUCCUGGUCACCUCGCUCUACCAAGUGUGGGUAGGAGCGAAGCAGCAUGAGUUGCAGGUAAACUCUAUGCAGCUGCUGUACUAUCAGGCACCAAUGUCCUCAGCUAUGUUGUUGUUCAUCAUACCCUUCUUCGAGCCAGUCUUUGGAGAAGGGGGGAUAUUUGGGCCCUGGACACUUUCUGCUGUGAUAAUGGUACUGCUGUCUGGUAUAAUAGCCUUUAUGGUAAACUUGUCCAUUUACUGGAUCAUUGGAAAUACGUCACCUGUCACAUAUAACAUGUUCGGACAUUUCAAGUUCUGCAUCACCCUCCUGGGAGGGUGCCUCUUGUUUAAGGAUCCGCUGUCUGUUAACCAAGGCCUUGGGAUUCUGUGCACGCUGCUGGGCAUUUUAGCCUACACGCACUUCAAGCUGAGCGAGCAGGAAAGCAAUAAGAGUAAAUUGGCUCAGCGUCCAUGAAGCAGGGUUUUCUGGAGAUUGGGAAUAUUGGGAAGGAGAACAAAUAUUUAAAUAUGCAUUGGUUCUAGAAGGCACAAAAUUGCCUCAUUUGUUUUGAACUAUGGUUUUAGUUUAACUGCCAGGAUGGUUGUUCUGUAACUGAGACAAACAAAUUGAAUUAUGUAAAAUGCCAGGGUUUGCCCAGCUCGGUCUGGCCUAUCAUUUUCAGUAAAUUUAAAUGGUCACUUAAAAAAAGAACGCGGCACACUUCAAAUUGCUGUGGAAAUUUUACUAAAGUAAUUAUAUUUUUUACAUACCAAACGAAAUCGUGAUGGCUACUGUAUUGAGAGAAAGAGAAAUAAUCUUGCCUUUGUGACCAUGCCAGUAUUUAUGGUUGUGAAGAAACUCGGAGGCACUUUAAUACAGACGUUCUGGUAUGUAAUGAUGCUUCCUCCUUUUUGUCUGGUGGAUGAGGAAGAGGAUGAGCACCUUGUUUUGUUGUUUUAAACAGGGCUGCCAAACUCAUUCCUGUUUCUCAUAUCCUUUCUUAUGUAUGCUUCACUUGAAUACACCGAUGAGUUUUGGCUAAAGAAAUGAGAUAAAAUUACUGGAAGAGGGAGACACUGGAAAACGUGAAGCCUUGGGCCAGGCUGUAGAAAAGCAAGAAAACGGUUCUGAACUGUUGAUCUUAAAUUUUGCUUCUGAUCUGUCAGGACGUUAACAAAUUCAUUGGUGAUUUCAGAAAACGUGUUGCUGCUUCAUGAUUUUCUCUGUGCCAAAACCGAGGCUGGACACGAGAUCUUGUACGUACUUGUGAGCCUAAUCAAAUCUCCUAUUUGUGGUAAUAAUCGCCAAAUAUUUUGCAGCCCGUGCACACAGGCACCCAUACUAAAAGCAUUCCCGGAGAAAUCUUUGGGAAGGUCACCGCAGCCUGCAGUGGGCGCGAAGGCUGCGCGGUUCCCUGCUGCCCGCGGCCCACCUCCUGCCCCAGGUGCGUUGGGCAGGAUCCGUGCGUCUCUCUCGUUUCGGGGAUCACUGCCGGGUGCCUGGGCAGUGCCAACAAGGCAGCGGUCACUCACCAAAAAGGCCCCAAAAACGUGUCCAAGGAACUGAGGAGCGCGAGGUGGGACCUACUUCUGCUCUAAUUCGGGAGCGCUUUGAAAAUUGCUUCAUGCCGGUAGCGAGCACUGAUUUUGACAGCAUGGGAGGAGGGAGAAGUUGAGCACUGUUCUAUUUUAAAAAGGAAAGGAGAAAUAAAUGCUCUCGGUAAAUCUGGUGAAAGCAUAUGUUCGCUAGAUUUGCGAGGUUCGAAUCGAUUUGCGGCGUCUUACUCCUUACGCUUUGGAGUUUAUUUUGUCUUCAUCUACCUCUAGCAGAUUUAAAGAGGGGAAUUACGUGAACAUAAAGAGGUGUUAAAGUUUUGCAGCCAUCAAGAGAAAUAAUAUUUAGUUCCUCUGAGCUAAGUCUCCGUGUAAGAAACAAUGUAGAUCUUCUGACGCUCAUAAAUUAUUUAUUCUGUUAUAGCAUUUAUGGCCUAAGAAACAGUUACUUCCCUGUGUAACCUCAGCUUACACUGUAAUACUCCAUAACAUUUCAGAGUCAGAAAUACCCUAGUAAUUUCACAUCUUUACUGACUGUAUCCUAGCUGUUGUACUGGCCCAAGGAUAGUUUUUAAUACAUUUUUGUAAUUCUAUAAUUAGUUUGAAAAUCCAGCCUGGACUGCUGAAGGAUAUGUUCAGACAGGACAGUCUCUGGAUGCACAUCCUUCAGUAGAUACACUACGAAAGCCAUUUGCAUUAAUUUGUGCUGUGCACAAGUUCUUCUAAAAUAUAGUUAGACCACAAAGACUCUUCUGGUCAGCGAACAGUGAAUUAGAAGCCCCUAUAACGACAAUAUUUGAGAUGGGACUGGAGUGUGGCAAAAUGAAAACAAAUGUCUGAAAAUACAAAAGACGCUGUAGGGAGAGGAGCAGAUCUGCAGGAGAAAGGUAAUAGCAUGGUGUAAAACAAAACACUGUAAAUACAGUCUGUUUCUGGAACGUCCAAGUCUCAAAGGUCACUUACGAGAUGUGAUUUUUUUUUUCAUAUGUUCAAGAGCUCUCCUUUGAGAUUCACCUAUUGUACCUAACAAAUAAAGUAUCUUGAACUUUU